UAUUAGUCUUCAAACUGUCCAGCAAAGCUCCACCCAUACAGUAUAUAACUCUUUCACUCUUCACUGAAGCAAAAAUUUGAAUGCAGGACUUUUACUUUGAUUAUCUUUAAUAGUUUCACCAUUAAUAGUUAACGUUGACGUUUAGAUACCUUAUGUGUGGUCAGUUAAUCCACAUAACGACCGUUUGGAAAUGUGUUUGCGAGAUAUGUGAAGAACACAUGGACAGACAGUUUCCUUUCUUUAUAGUGAGGAUUUACAAAAAAAGAUGAGCAAAACCCGAAAAAGGUAUAAUUAUGUGUUGCAGAAAUGUGUUUUCUUAAAUCUCAUGACCCCUCACAUUGAUGUUGUGACCCCUUACAGGUGGGGGAGGUUCGUGCUGUAGUUAUACCGUCUCAAUUUUGAUUCCAGCCAAAAAAUUAUAUUAAAUUUUAUCUCUAUCAGUUUGGAAAAGUACAAAGUACUGUAAAUGGAAGAUAACUGAUGUAACAUUGGUGAUGGUAAAUUGUGAUCUAAGUGUCCUGGUUACAACAUGCAAACUGAGGAAGUUGUUAUUGCAAAACGCACACACUCUCAGCACCUUCCUUCAGUCUUGUUUAUCUGAGAACUGUCAACCAUUGAAAUGUACCUAUUCUCUAUUUGGACGAUGACUUCUAUGUGUGGGUAUUUGUGAGGGUGUGACUCCAUGUUACUGUGGUUUUAUGCCUUUUGAAAGUACAAUUUAUGUAUCAGUAAUAUAUCUGCCACACACUCAAGCUUGUGUGUGUGGGACGGUGUGAGAGAGCAGCGGUUUGGGUUGCGCAGCGCAUCCCUCUCUCCCUCACCAGCACAUGACCUGUAAUAAUCUAUCUGGCCUGGUGACGUCUAUACUUCCUAAUCUCUCUCUCCCUCCCCGAGGCUUUAUAGGUGGGAGUGGGAAGCUAGACAUCACAUUUCUGCAUUCACAUUGACAAAUAGUCUUUGUCACUGUCUCCUGUUGCAGUGAAAACACAAGUUUAAAUCCGCUGACAGUAACAUACAGCAUCUGUUAGGGUGACGGGAGUGUUAAAAGGAGGCGUUAAGGACAAUUUACUCAAGUGCAGAGUGGACAUAGCUGUGGACAGUGAUGGAGACUAUGGUGUGUCCGAUGGGUGGAGGGGCCACCAGGCUGUACAGCACCCUGACUCAGACCAGCAGCAGCUCUCCUCUCCCCCUACCGCUGUCCCACACGCCUGCAGACACAAACCUGGAUCCAGCUGUCUGCCAGGGGCAGAAGGCAUCCCCUGUAUGUCCGCCCAAUCCAAUGGAGCUGCUCCGACAGUGUGAAGAGGCCCUCGGGGACCGACCACCUCUCCUCCACAGGAAGUUCACUCACCUCAAUGAUGGAGACGGCGUCCCCGGCAGCUCCGUCAGGGUGAUGCAGUGGAACAUACUGGCCCAAGCUCUGGGCGAGGGACUUGACAGUUUUGUCCAGUGUCCCCCGGAGGCCCUCAGCUGGUCCCGCAGGAAGUACCUCAUCUUAGAGGAGAUCCUCACCUACAGACCUCAUAUCCUGUGUCUGCAGGAAGUCGACCACUACUAUGACACUCUCCAGCCGGUUAUGGCAGGCCUCGGUUACAGCGGCAGCUUUUGCCCUAAACCCUGGUCGCCAUGCCUGGCUGUGGAGGGCAACAAUGGUCCCGACGGCUGCGCUCUGUUCUUCGAUCAGUCGCGAUACGAGUUCCUAGAUAGCGUGAACCUAAGGCUCUCUGCCAUGCGGAUUCCAACCAAUCAGGUCGCUGUGGUAACGAUGCUGCGUUGUCGGAGCACAGGGAGAUGUGUGUGUGUGGCCGUGACCCAUCUGAAGGCUCGCUCUGGCUGGGAGUGGCUCCGCAGCGCCCAGGGCUCCGACCUCCUGCGACACUUCCAGAAUCUGGUCCAGAAGCAUGCUUCUGGCGAUCCUGCGGGUGCCCCCAGCUCAGACAUUCCUCUGUUCAUAUGUGGAGAUUUCAACGCAGUCCCGACUGAGGAGGUGUACCAACGUUUCAUCACGUCGCCUCUCUGUUUGGACUCGGCGUAUAAGAAACUCAGUCAAGAUGGUUUGACUGAGCCACAGUACACGACGUGGAAGAUUCGGCCUACGGGGGAAUGCUGUACCACUCUGGACUACAUCUGGUACAGUCAGGACACACUGAGAGUGGACACAGUUUUGGACAUGCCCACUGAGGAACAGAUUGGGCCAAACAGGCUUCCAUCUUUUAGCUAUCCAUCAGACCAUCUGUCUCUGGUUUGUGACUUCAGCUUUAUGGAGAAGGAGUGAAGAAGGAAAUUAUGAACCGGCACACAGGAAGGGACGACACUGAGAAGAGACACAGUCGAGAUUGGCUACUGGUUGGCUUCGCUCAACAAGAAAGCGGGCAUAUGAGACGCUAUUUGGGAGUGACAGGCGCAGAAUGACGCCAGGUUACAGAGAAACCAGAGUUGGUUAUUUUUGACUGGAUGGAACAGUCAGGUAAUUUAUGACUAAGAAGUCACGGCGAUACAUGCUGCAACAACAACAUCCAUUAUUUUCACUGUGCGGGUGCACAGUGAAAAUAAUGGAUGGGAUAGGAAACCAUAUACUGUAUACGUAUGUCUCCAAACCCAAUCUUGAAACUGUAGUAAAUAUUUUGCUUCAAACUGCCAUUGUUUGAAGAGUGACUGAGAAUAAAGGGUUUUUGCUGAACAUG